AGCCGCCCAUCGUUAGCCCUCGACAGGGAUAAUAUCCAACAUGAGUCCAGUCACAAAACACGGAACUUUUCACCGUAGCUGCUGAAGAGACGGCGAAAUAGGAAGAAAUUGCUCCUCCGUCGCUUGAAGCAGCCGGGGACAGAAUGAGCGAGGGUCCGAAGAAGCGGAGCAGCAGCAGCAGCAGCAGCAGCAGCGGGGGGAGAAGUCUCUCAGAACCCGCUGAAUCUCCGUCUGUUACGGGAAAAGAUGAAGAAGAAAGCUCCGCGGUGGGUCUCAAAAAACAAAUCGGCCUCGUCAGCGCCUGUGCCAUUAUCAUAGGGAAUAUCAUUGGAUCUGGGAUUUUUGUGAGUCCUAAAGGUGUCCUGGAGAAUGCCAGCUCAGUGGGUGUGGCCCUGAUCGUGUGGGCCACAACAGGACUCAUCACAGCUGUGGGCGCUCUCUGCUAUGCAGAGUUAGGUGUGACCAUACCCAAGUCUGGGGGAGAUUACUCCUAUGUCAAAGACAUCUUUGGAGGACUGGCUGGGUUUCUGCGUCUGUGGAUCGCAGUAUUGGUUAUUUACCCUAGUAACCAGGCAGUGAUUGCUCUCACCUUCUCCAACUACAUCCUGCAGCCCCUCUUCCCCUCCUGCCUUCCCCCAGACAGCAGCCUUCGCUUGCUGGCUGCCGUCUGCCUCUUGUUGUUGACAUGGGUGAACUGCCACAGUGUGCGAUGGGCCACAUUUGUCCAAGAUGUCUUCACCGCUGGCAAGCUGUUGGCCCUGGCCCUCAUCAUCAUCAUGGGUAUUGUCCAGAUUUGCAAAGGUCACUAUCACUGGUUGGAGCCGGUCCAUGCCUUUGAGACCUUCCGUGACUAUGACGUUGGUCUGAUAGCUCUGUCCUUCCUACAAGGCUCUUUUGCGUAUGGAGGCUGGAACUUCCUUAAUUAUGUCACAGAGGAGCUGGUCGACCCGUACCGGAAUUUACCACGUGCAAUCUUCAUCUCCAUCCCUGUCGUCACCUUUGUUUACGUGUUUGCCAAUGUUGCUUACGUCACAACUUUGAGUCCCCAGGAGUUGCUCGCCUCAAACGCUGUAGCAGUGACAUUUGGAGAGAAAUUGCUCGGAGUAAUGUCAUGGAUCAUGCCCAUCUCUGUGGCACUCUCCACCUUCGGUGGAGUCAAUGGCUCUCUCUUCACAUCGUCGCGAUUGUUUUUUGUCGGAGCAAGGGAAGGCCAUCUCCCACGCGUGCUUGCCAUGAUUCAUGUCACACGCUGCACUCCUAUUCCAGCACUACUAUUCACUUUGAUCACGUCUCUGCUGAUGUUGUGCACCAGUGACAUUUACACCCUUAUAAACUACGUGGGAUUCGUCAACUACCUCUUCUAUGGCGUCACUGUCGCUGGGCAGAUUGUGCUACGUUACAAACAGCCUGACCUGUAUCGACCCAUCAAGGUGAGCCUUGUAUGGCCUGUGAUCUACCUCCUGUUCUGGGCCUUCCUGCUGGUGUUUUCCCUCUACUCUGAGCCUGUCGUCUGUGGUGUUGGACUGGCCAUCAUGAUGACCGGUGUCCCUGUGUAUUACUUGGGAGUCCACUGGGAAAAGAAGCCACAGUGUUUUAAUAUUGCUAUUGGGAAAAUGACCCAUCUGUGUCAAAAGCUGUGUUCGGUGGUCUACCCAGAUAUGGGGGGGAACCUGGAGCCCCAUAGUCCACCAAAGGAAGAUGGAGUCGGGGAGAUGGAUGCUGCCUCACAUGGCUAACUGGACUAACCCACAGACAAGUCCCUGAAAGAAAAGCAUACUCUUUAUUCACUGAAUGAACACUUUAACACCUAACAUGGUCUACAGCACUGGACACUUGGACAUUGCCCUGUUGACUGGGCUUAUUUCUGCACUGAUAAAGAUGGAAUAUCACAUACACUAAACAUAAAUUAUGACCGACACUUUGAUGUAUUCACCACAGCAUUUAAACCACCUCCUUUUGGUUUUUCUUGGAUAUUGUGUUUGUCAUUGUCUUGGAGGCAGUGGUGAAAUAUUUUAAUAUUUUCAUAAAUCUGUCAUAAUCA